AUGUCGGUCGAAAAGCAUCCCAAGUGAGUUUAUUUUUGUACAUGAUUCUGCUUGUCCUUUCCGUUUUCAUUUUGAUAUAUAACGCUAAUACUCUUUAUCUAAAUUGUUUCUUAACGUUUGGAAGAGGGUUUUUCUUUCAAGUUUUUAUCUAUUGUUAUGUUUCAGUCGCCGAAUAUCUUUUUUAUAACCAGACAAAACAUGCCUUUUUUUGCCUAUGGCUGCUUUAAUUUUUAUAUACAACUCUUGAUGGUGUUCAGCUUCAAGUCGGGCAUCAAAAUGAAAGGCGAGAAGCAUUUAAACGUGCUCAUAUGAGUUGCUGGACGUGAUAACGGGCUGUAUUCAUUGAAGGACAUCCUCCUUUAAAUUUCUCUGCAAGUGGCUACUGUCUCGAACAAGUUUUUCAGUGCAAGGUAGGAAAUGAAACAGAAAGAAUAAUUAAGCUUAUAGCUGUAACCACUUGCAGUCCUUGACUGACAAUUUUUAUUUGAGCGAACAUUGUAAAAAUCUGAUUUAAGCUGGAAUCAGUGGAAUCACGGUUGAAUUUUCCUAAUUGUUUCGCUGUUUGUUGAUAAAAUUUGUAGCAUCGUUUCCAAGAUUCAAUGAUUUGUAUGUUAUUUCUAAGCCAUGAUCUAGAAUCCCUGAAUAGCUGAGGGGCUAGUCAGGUUAAAAACUCGUGUCUGAUUAUUUUGUCUUACUGUAGGGCUGCAAUGGAGUGGACCCAAGACCAUGAUUUGAUGUUGCUGAGAGAGACUGCGUUUGAGGACCCUUUUCAAUUUAAAAAAGGAAGUCCUGACAGAGGUGAAGUGUGGUCGAAGAUAGCAAGGUCGCUCAAUAGUUCUGCAGAAUUAAAGUUUGCCGUAAAGCAGAGAUCAGUGAGGGAGAGGUUUGCACUAUUACAAGCUAAGUAUAAAGAAAAAAACAAAAAGGAUGAGGCAAGCAGUGGAACAUCAACACAAAUGUCAGAAUUGGACCGGUUAUUGGAAGAUAUCACUGAGAAAGAGAAAGAUAGCGAAGAGAGUAGGAAUGCUGCAGCUGCUAAGAAAGAUAACCAAGACAGAGAAAAGGCAGAAAGCAUUAGAAAGACAGCUAUGGAAAGGGUAAGCCAGACUAAGAAACGACAGGAAGGGACAGAGCGUGAAGCAGUGAGCACUAAACGAAGACGUAGAGGUGGAGAUGAGACUAUAGAAUACCUUAGAGAAAAAAGCGAGGCAGAAAGAAAGGUACGAGAGCAAGAACUGGAACUGAAAAAGGCAGGGGUGGCACUACAGGAAAAGCGGGCAGAGCAAGGCCAGACCCAGAUGCAGGAGAUGUUGAGAGUAAUGCAACAACAGCAACAGCAGAGUCAAAACAUGACAGCUUUGCUAAUGCAGCAACAACAACAUUUUAUGAAUGUAAUGCAAAGUCUUCUUAAAAAGCCACAGUAA